AAAAACAAGAUUACGGAAAGAGUCGAGAGUGACGUGCGCUGUACAUAGACAGUAAAAGAAAGGCGCUGUAUCAGCCGGACGGGUAGACAGAAGAAACUGUAGAUUUCAGUCAGACACCUUCACUGGAUUACUGUAUUUUACAGUCUAUGUUUUAGAGGUAAAGAAGAAGGUUUUUAAAGACUUGGAGAAAGGACGAGAUGGUACAUUUGUGCUGCUGCUGUUAAAGCCUCCCUGUGACUCAGCGGUUCCCAGAUUUAGGCAACUCAAAAACAACACAACUAGACAGAGGUGUGCUGAAAAAAGGCCACUUUAACCGUUUCCUCCACUGCAUUCUGGUGAUGGAUGUGGCGUGAAAGCAAGAAAGUACCAAGGUUUUAACUUAAGAAGGAAUCGAUGUAAUUAUCUGGCUUUUUAGUGUAAGCGAUUGCUUUUAAAAGACUGACACAGGCAGAAACGUGGGUCCAAAAACUAAAACUAAGAAAUAUGAAGUAAGCAUAAAUAACAUUCUGGAGAAAAGAACAGUCACUACCAGAUUUUUUAAAUUCAUUUUUUAUCAGCUUACCACCCAAGUUUAAUUGGCUCUGUUAAUUAUAAGCACUUAAUCUCACCUGUCAGGUCAUGGCAGAUUCCUGCCCAGACAUCGUUGAUGGUGAGAUUAUAGGCAUUUCUGAGGGACAGCAGUUAAACACAACCAAAAAAGAGGACUUUGAUGCGGCUAAACCACAGGACAAAGAAGUAAGCCAAAAAGAGGGUGUCAGCAAUGCUGAGGAAUCCUCCAGGAGUAGUUCACACCUUAUAAAAGAUGACAUUAUAACAUGCAAAAAUCCUCCAACAACCACAGCUUCUCUUGAAGAUGGAGUUAACGCAACUCUGUCUUCUACCAGUAAAAGCCAAGACAAAACCGCUGAAUCUGAGAUCAUCAAUAGCCAAUCCUACACGCCCAGCCAAUCAGAGGUGACGCCCACUUUCUCUGUGGCCAGUCUGGAGUUCUCCAAGGAGACUAAUGGGAUUCCUCCUGAUAGACCUUUGAUUUCAUCCAAAUCUGCUGAGGAUGGCAACCAAGUCCCCUCUCUAGGGAGCGGAGGGGCCUGUGAAGGGGCUGCAAGGGCAUCAGAGCCUAGCAUGCCGGCAUAUUAUUUUGUCAAGUGGAUUACCUGGAAAGAGAAGAAGACGGCUAUUAUCACACAGAGUGAGAACGGGCCCUGCCCCCUGAUUGCCAUCAUGAACAUCCUGUUGUUGUGGUGGAAGGUGAAGUUACCGGCUCAGACGGAAGUGAUCACCACUGAAGAGCUGAUGGCUCACCUUGGUGAAUGUGUGCUGUCCAUCAAACCACGGGAGAGAGCAGAGGGGAUGGAGCUCAAUUUCCAGCAGAACAUGAGCGACGCGAUGGCUGUGCUGCCGAAGUUGUCCACGGGCCUCGACGUUAAUGUGCGUUUCACAGGUGUGUCUGAUUUUGAGUACACGCCUGAAUGCAUCGUCUUUGAUCUGCUUGACAUCCCGCUCUACCACGGCUGGCUUGUCGACCCACAGAGUCCUGAGGUGGUGUCUGCAGUGGGCAAACUCAGCUACAACCAACUGGUGGAGAAGAUCAUCGAGUUUAAGCACUCGACAGAUAGCAGUCAAGUCAGCGAAGGUUUGAUAGCAGAGCAGUUUUUGGAGUCCACAGCAACCCAGCUGUCAUAUCACGGCCUGUGUGAGCUCAACACGACAGCCAAGGAGGGUGAACUGUCUGGGUUUUUCAGGAACAACCACUUCAGCACUAUGAUAAAGCACAAGGGUCACCUUUACCUGCUGGUCACAGAUCAGGGUUUCCUGCAGGAGGAGAGCGUAGUGUGGGAGAGUCUCCAUAAUGUGGAGGGCGAUGGGAAUUUCUGUGACUCAGACUUCAGAUUGUGCCACCCUUCCCAGAAACCCACAGGAGCCAGCCAGCCCUCUGUACAACAGCAGCAAAUGCAGAUCGACCAGGACUACCUGGUGGCGAUGUCCCUGCAGCAGCAGCAGGGUGACGCUCCUGGACCCAUGAGUGAUCUUGAGCUGGCCAGACAGCUACAGCAGGAGGAGUACCAGCAGCCACAAACACAACAGCACCAGCCCUCAGCAGGACAGAUGCGAGGUCAGGCCGCGUCUCAGCACGGAGGACAGAGGCGCCGGGAAAAGAAGGACGACUCGGAUUGCUGUAUUCUUUAAGCCAGACUCUCAAAGCCAGUUCAUCUUCAGUUACCACUACUGAAACAAAAGACUUCCCAUCGUCCCAAUGCCAAGCCUGCCUUUACAGUACAGUUGAUCCCCUUGUUCUUGCCUUUCCUUUAUCCUUGUGGUUGGAACUGUUGCUCAUCGUUUGUCUACUGGACCAAAUAAAGGUAGCAGUUGUUUCUAAGCAUUAAUGAGUAUUUGUUUGAGUGCUACUGUGGAGCUCCUAACUAUGCCAUUAAAGAUUGAAGACUGUAAUGUUAAGUUAUCAGGUAUUGUUAUAAGAAUUUAAUAUUACACUGAAAUACUACUGUCUCAAGUUGAUCUGUACAUAGUUACUGGUCACUGGCUUUUCAUUCAGUGAUACACAGUAUACUACGUACACAGGACUGUGCUUUGAUUGCCUUAGCGCACCGUGGAGCUCCCUGGACCCUGUAAGCUGAGCUAAUAAAAGCCACCUAUGUGUUAACAGGAAAUGCGUGACCAUUGAUUUAUGAAAUGUCUGGAAUAAAGAAACUUAAGUGCAGCA